CAUUGCAUCUCUUCGUUAAGGUUUUUCCGGUUCCCUCUUCCAUAAGUUCGUAAUGGCUCUGCUGGAAGCUGAAGAUUCAUUAGAGAAACAAGGAAUAAAGAAACUAGCCAAGAAAGGUAGUAUGACCCGUCGGGCCAGUAACUCACCUAAACUGCAUCGAAAUGAGAUAGAAAAAAACCGAAGAAUGAGUAUGAAAGAUCUGUAUGCUAGGCUUGCUUUUCAGAUUCCUACUGCACCAUCCAAGUCCUCUUUACAUCUGUUGUUGGAACAUGCCACCACUCAUGUAAAGAGAUUGCAGCAAAGGUUAAAGAUGCUGAAGCAAAAGAAGCAACUACUUGAGGGCAGAACUCAUCAUAUAACUGGCAGCUCAAGGUCACCAGUGAUAAUAGUAAGAGAAAUGGGUUCGAUUUUAGAGGUAUUUUUGACGAGCGGAUUAAAUAAGAAUUUCUUCCUGUAUGAAGUUAUCAGCGUUCUGGAGGAAGAAGCAGCUCAAGUUGUAACUGCUAACCAAUCCACUGUGGGGGACAGGAUCAUCUAUAGCAUAUGUUCUCAGGCUGUUAGUUCUAGAAUUGGUAUAGAGACUUCGAGGGUGCGUGAACGAUUGCAGGAACUGAUAUCUUGAAGUACUCAGAUCUGCGUCGCUUGCUAAGUACUGAUAUCUUGAACCUAUAUGCCUUCGUGGAAUAUAGGAUGCAAUUACUAAAUCCUUGUUUUUAAUGCCAUUUAGGUGAUCUGAAGUUGUAGAACAUCUUUGUUAUAUACCCUCUACGUGGGUCUCCAAAUCCUAUGAGUAAAUAUUUUAUUUCACUACUUAUGAAUGAAAUUAAGCGAUUACUUCUCAGGUUUAA